AUGACCGACACCACCGAACUAGCAAAAGGCUAUACAUUCGUCAGCACCACCCAGUAUCAAGCCGGCCUACAUCUCCUCCAAAAACUCGCCAUCACGCCCACCACGCGCAUUCUCGACAUCGGAUGCGGGCCCGGUAAUCUCACAUCCCACAUCGCAUCACUUGUGGGUCCAAAAGGAAAUGUCAUCGGUAUAGAUCCGAGUAAAGAGCGCAUUGCACUCGCACUCGAGAGUUUUAGACACACGACCAAUCUAUCGUUUCAUGAAGGAAUAGCUGAAGAUCUUUCGAGAUUCGAAAAUGCGAGUUUCGAUAUCGUGUUUAUGAACUCUACAUUCCACUGGGUGACGGAUCAAGCUGCCGCACUUACCGAAUGUUUCCGUGUUUUGAAACCUGGAGGGAAAUUGGGGAUUUCCGGGGGGUCGGGGGAUUAUAUCGCUAUACAUGAGAAGAUCAAAGCGGCCGUUUUAUCUCGAGAUCCAUACUGCAAAUACCCGGAAGAAAACCCGCCGAGAUUUCUUAAGCAGGGGGAGAUUGAAGUCUUGCUUGAUAAUGCUGGGUUUUCCAGACGGGAAAUUGGCGUGAAUAGAAUCGUAAAGGAGGCGAGAGAUGCAGAGGGGAUGAUGGAGUGGUUGGAUACGAGUUCGUCGGGGAAAACUUAUGGGGGGAUACCGGUGGGGUUGAGAGGGGCAGCGAAAGAGGAGAUGAUGAGGGAGUGGGAGAAGGUGAGUACGGAGGAGGGAAUAAGAAUGGAGAUGGAGUUGUUGGUUACGGUUGCUUUCAAGGGGUAA